AAUUUCGCAAAAGAUUUCAUAUGUAGAUAGUGCUGUACUGAGUUCAUUCCAAUAUGUCAAUUCCAGUAAGUCCCACAGAAAGGUCUUAGGAUGCUCACGAGCAGUUAUUCCGAAUGCUCCCAACGAUUCAUAAUUAUAAAAUCGGAUUUUCAGUUCUCAGACCGCCUGGAAUAUAUUUCUGGCCACCCUCUUUCCUCUAAAGACUAACACACAAACCCAGACCUGGGGCCGUCUAGUCCGUUUCAUCGCAACAGACAACGCACAAUAUUGUGGUGAGCCCGUAGACCCAGAAAUCGACGGUAUUAUUAACUCCCCCAAUAACAAACCCACAAUGUCUCACUAACAAUCUUCAAGUUGGACUCGCCAUCCUCGCGAAACAAGAAGUCCUCGUCAAAGUCCUCGACACCAAGUCCGCAUUAGACAUUCCCGCAAGCUUCACCGGGGAAGUGAAAACUAUAAAAGAGGUUCGUUAAGCAUCAACGAAAUAAAUAGGUGUAGUUUUUUGAACAACUGUAUAGUUACUUUCCCCUGUCUCGGCGCAAGAAGUAGGAACAAUCCGAUGCAUAGGACUGAACUACAAAGACCACGCCGUAAGUACCUAAAUAAGUACCAAAAAGCAAGACAAGUAACUAACCUCGAUUUCAUAGGCAGAACUAAAUUUCUCCCUUCCAGAAAACCCAGAUCUCUUCAUGAAACCAGCAUCCACCCUGAACUCCCCCACAGCUCCAAUACUAAUCCCCUCCGCCGCGGCCGAAGGAGCAGAUGGCGAAGUAGAACUCGCCCUAGUCAUCUCCAAAGACUGUAAGAAUGUCACAUCUGCUGAAGCGCUGGACUAUGUAUUAGGACACAUGACCGCCAACGACGUAACCUCCCGAGGUCUUCAACCCAGAACCUCACAGUGGGGAUACUGUAAAGGGUUUGAUGGCUUCUGUCCCGUUGUUCCAACUUUGGUAUCGACGAAGAAUAUCCCAGACCCAUCUGUUCUGCUGCUAAAAACUGUCUUGGGUGGUAAAACACUGCAAGAUGGCAAGACGGAGAAUAUGAUAUUUUCCGUCGCUGAAAUCAUUGCGUACUUGUCUGUCGGUACUACAAUACCCAAGGGUACGGUCAUCUUGACAGGUACGCCAGCUGGUAUUGGACAUAGUCAUAAACCACCCGCAUACCUGACUGAAGGUGCGGAUUUGCGAGUUUGGAUCAGUCAUGGACUUGGAACAUUGGUCAAUUCCAUAGCUCUGGAAUAA